AUGGCGGCGGCUGCGGGCCGGCGGGCGGCAGGCACGGACAAGAUGGCGGCGCCCAAGCGGCAGGGUCAGACGGCGGCGGCGCUCUGCUCCCACCGCAAGUUCUCCGCCCCCAGGCACGGCCACCUGGGCUUCCUGCCCCGCCGGAGGAGCCGGCGCCACCGCGGCAAGGUGAAGUCCUGGCCCCGGGACGACCCCCGGCAGCCGGUGCACCUGACGGCGUUCCUGGGCUACAAGGCCGGGAUGACACACACCCUGCGGGAGGUGCACCGCCCCGGCCUCACUUCCAGCGGCCGUGUGCCCGAGGCUGCCGGCGGAGCUGGCGCCGGGCGAGCAGCUUCCAGCGGCCGUGUGCCCGAGGCUGCCGGCGGAGCUGGCGCCGGGCGAGCAGCUUCCAGCGGCCGUGUGCCCGAGGCUGCCGGCGGAGCCGGCUCCGGGCGAGCAGCUUCCAGCGGCCGUGUGCCCGAGGCUGCCGGCAGAGCCGGCUCCGGGCGAGCAGCUUCCAGCGGCCGUGUGCCCGAGGCUGCCGGCGGAGCUGGCUCCGGGCGAGCAGCUUCCAGCGGCCGUGUGCCCGUGGCUGCCGGCAGAGCCGGCUCCGGGCGAGCAGCUUCCAGCGGCCGUGUGCCCGAGGCUGCCGGCGGAGCUGGCUCCGGGCGAGCAGCUUCCAGCGGCCGUGUGCCCGAGGCUGCCGGCGGAGCCGGCUCCGGGCGAGCAGCUUCCAGCGGCCGUGUGCCCGAGGCUGCCGGCGGAGCUGGCGCCGGGCUGCCUGGGAGGCGCUGGCAGUGCCUGCUGGUGGAGAUCUCCAAGAGGGAGGAGGUGGAGGCUGUGACCAUCAUUGAGACCCCCCCGAUGGUGGUGGUGGGGGUGGUGGGGUACGUAGAGACCCCCAAGGGCUUGAGGAACUUCAAGACUGUCUUUGCUGAGCACAUCAGCGACGAGUGCCGGCGGCGCUUCUACAGGAACUGGCACAAGAGCAAGAAGAAGGCCUUCACCAAGUACUGCAAGAAAUGGCAGGAUGAGGAUGGCAAGAGGCAGCUGGAGAAGGACUUUGCAGCCAUGAAGAAGUACUGCAAGGUGAUCCGUGCCAUCAUGCACACGCAGAUGAGGCUGCUGCCGCUGCGGCAGAAGAAGGCUCACGUGGUGGAGGUGCAGCUGAACGGCGGCAGCGUGGCCGAGAAGGUCGACUGGGUGCGGGAGAGGCUGGAGCAGCAGGUGGCAGUGCACAGCGUCUUCAGCCAGGACGAGAUGAUCGAUGUCAUCGGCGUCACCAAGGGGCACGGCAUGAAAGGGGUGACCAGCCGCUGGCACACCAAGAAGCUGCCCAGGAAGACUCACAAGGGGCUGCGCAAGGUUGCCUGCAUCGGGGCCUGGCACCCGUCCCGGGUCGGCUACUCCAUCGCCCGCGCCGGCCAGAAGGGCUACCAGCACCGCACCGAGCUCAACAAGAAGAUUUACCGCAUCGGGCGUGGGAUCCACGUGGAGGAUGGGAAGGUGGUGAGGAACAAUGCCUCAACCAACUAUGACACGACAGAGAAGACCAUCACACCUCUGGGUGGCUUUCCUCACUAUGGGGAGGUCAACAACGACUUCCUGAUGCUGAAGGGCUGUGUGAUGGGCACCAGGAAGCGAGUGCUCACCCUCCGCAAGUCCCUGCUGGUCCACACCAGCCGCCGCUCCCAGGAAGCCAUCGAGCUCAAGUUCAUCGACACCACCUCCAAGUUCGGCCACGGCCGCUUCCAGACAGCGCAGGAGAAGAGAGCUUUCAUGGGCCCUCAGAAGAAGCACUUGGUGAAAGCAAAGCCAGGGGCACAGGAAGAGCUGUAAGGAUGGCACCUGCAAGGUUACCUACCUGGGCACCCUCAAUAAAAGGGCUCCAAGCUGUCCCUGCUGCCUCUCUUCCUUCUGGAGGGUGUCCUGCCUGUGCUCCCUGCUGCCUGUGCU